UCUUUGUUUCUGUCUCUCCUUGAGAAGAAGAGGGAGCGAAAGAGAGAAUCUGAGUGCAUGUUUUUGGGAGUCUACUGGAGUUGAGUGCUGCCUCCUCUCUCUGAUUUUGGAGUUCUCUCAUACCAAAAUGGUGAAUCCUCGGAUUCCACUUUCAAGGAUCCCAACCUUCAAACUUUUCACUUCUGCUAUAACAUUAGCUCUCUGCACUUUCUUCGUCCUUUCUUUUCUCUUCACUACUCAUUCUUAUUCUUCCCAUCAACACCAUUUCACGGGUUCUGAGGGUGGUAUUUCACAUGGAUUUGAGUCAAUAAGGAGAUCCAUUCUAGCUCUGAAAACAGAUCCUCUGAAGCCUCGACUAGACCAGAUUCGUAAGCAAGCUGAUGAUCAUCGUUCUUUGGCUCUUGUGUAUGCUUCCUAUGCACGCAAACUCAAGCUCGAGAGCUCAAAGCUUGUCAGGAUUUUCGCAGAGCUAUCGGUAAACUUCUCAGAUCUAAUGAAAAAACCUCAGUACAGGACUCUUUUCAGCAGUGAUGCAUCCCCUGUUGAUGAAUCGGUGGUUCGACAAUUGGAGAAGGAAGUGAAGGAGCGCAUUAAGACCACACGCCAGGUGAUUGGCGAUGCCAAAGAAUCCUUUGAUAACCAGCUCAAGAUUCAGAAGUUGAAGGAUACGAUUUUCUCGGUGAAUGAGCAGUUAACUAAGGCAAAGAAGCAGGGUGCUUUCUCGAGCCUCAUUGCUGCCAAGUCGAUUCCAAAGAGUUUGCAUUGUCUCUCCAUGAGGUUGAUGGAAGAGAGGAUUGCCCAUCCUGAGAAGUACACAACUGAGGGGAAGCCUACCCCUCCAGAAGUUGAGGAUCCUAACCUGUACCACUAUGCCUUGUUCUCUGACAAUGUUGUUGCAGCAUCUGUUGUGGUCAAUUCAGCAACAAAGAAUGCAAAGGAGCCAUGGAAGCAUGUGUUUCAUGUUGUGACUGAUAAGAUGAACCUUGGAGCAAUGCAAGUGAUGUUUAAGUUGAAGGAUUAUAAUGGUGCACACAUUGAGGUCAAGGCAGUGGAGGAUUACAAGUUUCUGAACUCUUCUUAUGUUCCGGUCCUUAAACAAUUGGAGUCUGCUAACCUCCAGAGAUUUUACUUCGAGAACAAGCUUGAGAAUGCUACAAAGGACACUAAUAAUAUGAAGUUUAGGAAUCCCAAAUAUUUGUCCAUAUUGAACCAUUUAAGGUUCUACUUGCCAGAAAUGUACCCAAAGCUGCAUAAAAUUUUGUUUUUGGAUGAUGACAUUGUGGUUCAGAAGGAUCUUACCGGGUUGUGGAAGAUUGAUAUGGAUGGCAAGGUUAAUGGAGCUGUAGAAACAUGUUUUGGAUCAUUCCAUAGAUAUGCACAGUACAUGAACUUCUCACACCCCUUGAUUAAAGCAAAAUUUAGUCCAAAGGCUUGUGCAUGGGCUUAUGGAAUGAAUUUCUUUGAUUUGGAUGCAUGGAGAAGGGAAAAAUGCACGGAAGAAUAUCAUUACUGGCAGAAUCUGAAUGAAAACCGAACACUAUGGAAAUUAGGGACAUUGCCACCAGGUCUGAUCACAUAUUACUCAACAACUAAACCACUGGAUAAGUCAUGGCAUGUUCUGGGACUUGGCUAUAAUCCAAGCAUCAGCAUGGAUGAGAUUAACAAUGCAGCAGUGGUGCACUUCAAUGGCAACAUGAAACCAUGGCUUGACAUUGCAAUGGCUCAAUUCAAGCCUCUUUGGACAAAGUAUGUUGACUAUGAAUUAGAUUUCGUUCAGGCAUGCAAUUUUGGUAUCUAAAUGGGCGAGUUUCUUUACACUUGGUGAUGCUGUUUAGGUUUGAUAUAUAAUGCUUAUACCUUUAACGAAGUUCCGAGCUGGUGCAAGAUAAAAUCUGGCUUUUUCUUUUAAUUGUAUAAUACUUAGUGUAGUAAUUCUCUUAUCUCCUCUUAUUUAUUUUAACAUUUAUGGAAUAAUCUUAUUUAAAAGAUGUCAUUGAUCCUGAACAAUAGUAUUACUGAAUUAAAUGUUGUGCUUUUUACUUUUUGUCA